AUGAUGGGUAGCACACCGGUGCAGAAAGGACUGCUUGCUCUGUGUAUUCUUCUGAUCCUGGGUGGCCUUGGGCUCACAAUCGCUGGAGUUUUCUCACCUGCAUGGCAAGUCGUUGAUAUUCGCGAAUUCCGGGCGGAGCAUCAAGUAAGCUUUUAUAAGUUUGUUUAUGAGCGUUUUGCACCCCGUAUUAUAAAGACGCAUUAUGAUGGGAAUGUGCCUGUGUAUACACGCAUUCGUGUUUAUGCGAUAACAUCAGGACGACUUCGCCUUGAAGCCUUAUUAGCAAUUAAUCUCUGA